AUGGUUGAUAGAAAGGCUGCUAGAAAGACUGAUGGAAAGUCUGUUAGAAAGACUGAUAGGAAGGCUGAUACAUCAGCUGAUCCAUUAAGUUCAAAGAGAGCGGCUAUAUCAAAACAAAUGCCAAAAUAUGAAAAGUUCGAUGUCGAUGACUUUACUGAAGUGACAGUAAAGAGCGCCAAAAAACUAGGUCCUCUGGCCAUAGCUCUUCUUUCUGUAUUUCUGACGACGGUUGUGGUGAUCGCCGUGAUUGUGCCAACCGUUCUUUUAAUUCGACCGACAGCAAAAGCUUCAAAUGCUUCCGUGUCCACUAGUUCAUCUGGCACACUAUCAACAAUAGCGGGUGCCAUUUCAACAGUCGCAACAAGAACAGCAGGCAUUAGUUCGACAGCCAUAACAACAAUUGUGGGUGCUUCUUCAACAAUCGUAACAACAACAGCAGGUGCUGCUUCAACAGUUGUAACAACAACAGCAGGUAUUAAUUCAACAGUUACAACAACAACAACAGCGGGUGCCACUUCAACAGUUGCAAUAACAACAGCAGGUACCGAUUCAACAGUCACAGCAACAACAGUUGGUGCCACUUCAACAGUCGCAAUAACAACUGCAGGCAUCAGUUCGACAGCCAUAACAACAAUUGCGGGUGCUUCUUCAACAAUCGUAACAACAACAGCAGGUGCUGCUUCAACAGUUGCAACAACAACAGCAGGUACUGAUUCAACAGUCACCACAACAACAAUGGAUGCCAUUUCAGCAGUCGCAACAACAACAACGAGCAUCGGUUGCACAGCCACAACAACAACAACAGAUGCCGUUUCAACAAUCGCAACAACAACAGCGAGCAUUGAUUCGACAGUCAUAACAACAAUUGCGGGUGCUUCUUCAACAAUCGUAACUACAACAGCAGGUACUAUUUCAACAGUUGCAACAACAACAGCAGGUACUGAUUCAACAGUCACAGCAACAACAGUUGGUGCCACUUCAACAGUCGCCACAACAACAGCGAGCAUUGAUUCGACAGUCAUAACAACAAUUGCGGGUGCUUCUUCAACAAUCGUAACUACAACAGCAGGUACUACUUCAACAGUUGCAACAACAACAGCAGGUACUGAUUCAACAGUCACCACAACAACAAUGGAUGCCAUUUCAACAGUCGCAACAACAACAACGAGCAUCGGUUCCACAGCCAUAACAUCAACAACAAUAGAUGCCGUUUCAACAAUCGCAACAACAACACUGACCGCCGCUUUGAUAGUCACAGAAUCAACGACUGACGUAGUUUCGACAGUCACUUCUACUACAGCAGAAACAACGGGUGAGAUUCAAGCACAGGAGAAUAUGUUCUUCAUCAAUCUCCCUCUUAGUAACAAUCGGUUGCGCAUUGAAAGUGUGAGUAUGGGGCGUGGGUGA